CUCAUAGCUACGUCUGCUUAUUGGCCGUCGACUGUUUCACAUUCUAACGAAGCCCACCUGUAUAAACGUGGAGAUAGUAUUAUGCACUGGAUUUCACAAGUAUCUGGAACAUAUGAAUGACCCCGCUGAUUGUUUAUAAAUAUUAUAAUUUAUUACUUCUAAACCUUCCGACCAAAUCUGCAAAUCCUCUUUUUGUUAAGAAAAUUCAAUUUCUCAUUCUGCAGAUUCAAUUUCUCAACCUCUCACCUAGAAUUAGUGAUUUAGAAUUAGUAGUGACAUAAUUGUAAACAAAAAACAACUAUACCAGUUAGUUCUCUGAAAUUUCAUUUUCUUAUCAAAACAUUUCACACCAAAAGCUAUAAUUCGUCCAAUGAAUUGUAACUAAAAGUUAUCAAAACAAUGAAAAAAGACAACAGUUCUCAUUUUUUAUCCAAAUAAGAAUCGACAGAUUUCGCGGAGAUACCUGUUCAGAAAAACAAAGCAAAUGUUACAAACCAACUUAGCGAGAGCAAAACUAUUAAAGCGAGUUAUUUACAAGAGGGGCUUCAGACCGAACAUCCUUUGACCAGUUCAAAAGACGAGACUUAUUUUUCAAAGCAAUGCGGCCACUUGUCUGAAAAAAUGGUCACUGAACCAACUGCGGAAGAUUUGGCGAACUUGACUAAUUUGUCGCCACUAGCACCUGUCGAUCAGUUCAACCAAAACUCCGAACUUCCAAUAAUCAGGACAAGAAAACAGAACCUCGCAUCUUAUAGAAAACUUAGCACGCCGCCAAAGUUUUUCUCUUCCUGCAAUCCACCGUUGCGCCAAAGAUCCAGCACUUCCUCUUUCAAAACAUCAAAGAAAUUCAGCACUUCCAGUGAUAAGUCGGCAGUUUUGACGUUGUCGGCUGCUGUUUUAUUCGACAUUCCUUUUGUUAUGAUCGCACCCGACGUUAUUGAAGGCGCGAUUGCGAAUAAAAACCGACUAAUUCAUGAAACCGAGGUUAUGGAGGAGAUUCCUGCUGCUGAGAAACUGGGAGUUGACUUGGAUUCUGAGAUCCCGAAUGUGUCGGAAAAAGUGGAGGAGUCGCCGAAGACUCCAAAAAGAAUCUCGCCUGCUCUACGGAAGCAAUGGUCGCAUCUUCAUCCAAUGGUCACAGAGAAACAGGAAGACGUUUACGAUAUUGCGGAAUAUGAUCUAACCAAAGACAUGCUAGAAGAGUGGCAAGAGGCCUUCUGGCUGUUCGACCGAGACGGGGAUGGGUCCAUCACGGCCAAGGAGAUCGGGGCAGUGAUGCGGAAUCUGGGCCAGAACCCCACGGACGAGGAGGUCAGGGACCUCAUGCACGAAGUGGACAUCGACGGUUCUGGUACGAUAGACUUCGAUGAGUUCCUGUACAUGAUGGCGAAGAAGAUGCGGGACACCGACUCGGAGGAGGAGUUGAGGAGUGCAUUCCGAGUGUUCGACAGAGACAAGGACGGAUGCAUCUCAGUCACCGAACUCAGGAACAUCAUGGGACCACUCAGCGAAGAGGAGAUCCAGGAGAUGAUAGGGGAAGUAGACAAAAAUGAGGAUGGAUUGAUCUCUUAUGAGAGUUCGUUCAGACUGUGGUGUCCCACCAACGAAAAGUACUGGGAGAACAUUGAGAAGGAGUUUCAGGACAAGAAACGCAAACACGAGACCAACAAAUCCUAUAGUUUGUGGCGCAUUCUCAGACUUAUCCCAGCGCAUUGUCGCAGAAUAUACAGACGCAUCCACAGAAACGACGGCGACAGCCCCAACCCAAAUAACCUACCCGAGGGGGGCAGCAUUUCUCUCAGAGGAGGAUCCAUCAUCGACCCACAGUCCCAUCACACCUCUCGGAAAGUUCCGAUCACUCGGAACUAUUCUGAGGAAAGAAACCCGACUCGAAGUGAGAAGUUGCCGAGAAUAAUCAGUACGGAGCAAGACGAAACCGAAGAGCGGGUCAAUUCGGAAAGUUGUUGCGACGACAACGCUGAAGCGUCCAACUCGGAAGUUGAAAUUCCCCCUUUUUCGGAUAACCACAUUCCUUGGGAUGCACUUGACCACCCAAAUAUUUACAGAACGACACCUGUUCGCCAGUAUAGUGAAGAUAGAUUUCAAAGCAAACUUCAAAGCAAACUACAUCGGGGAGAAACUACUUAGAUUCUUAGUUCGAACACAUUUUAGUUCAGUUCACGUCUUUUGUAGUUGUCAAUUUACACAUUUU